GAGGAGUUUCAGAACAAAAUCGAACAGGUUGAAAAGGAUCGUUCGUUGUCCGCUUAUUUUGUCGGAGACUCGGGGAGAUAGGCUCGAUUGGUUCGAUAGUUUUCGUGCUUUUGAAUGCCAUUCGCGAGAACGGGUCGCUGCAAAAUCGUCUGGGAACCAAAAAUUUCAUUGCUCAGACUGAUCGAUUUUCAUUGAAGAAUUUUCUUUUCCGAGAAUGUACGGGUUAAGCCGAAGGAUUUUAGCACUUGGAAGAGGGUUGCACACGGUGUCGGGUGAUGGCCCGUCCGACACCUUGAGGAGGAAGAUUGCUGAGUUGGAGAAGAUGAAGAAGAGGAGGAAUCCUAGGAAAAAUCAAGUAUUUGUCGAGGUUCCGGAGCCAAAAACAUUUCUUGAUACAGCAACUUGGCCGAUGGUCCUCGCCGGUGUUGGAAUUGCACUCUUCGCAAAGCUGCUCAUGAUGUAUGAUGAUUCCAGAUCACAGGAAAUGAUUGAGCGAAAAAUAAAGCAUGCUCCUGCUGGUCAAGGCACAGUUAGGAUGCUCACUCGUGAAGAGUGGGAUGAAAUACGAGAAGUGAGGCCCAGGACUCCCUUUGAAUCCAAGCUUGCUCGACCAAAUGCUAGAAUAAGAACUGGAGAACCCUUGCGCAUGGAGGAUCUGAAGGACUGGACAAUUGAUGUGAUUGCUGAUGCGCUUGCCCGAGUUGAAGAAAGCGUUCACAACCCUAAGUGAGUUGUGACCUUGGUUUAGUGCGUUCUCUGCUUCCCCUUUCAUUCACAUAUCAUUCCUCGCGAAAAUGGAUCGACACCUUGUCCUAUGCUUGAUUCACAAGUUUCGAGGGGUCUUCUGCGUGUGUUAAAAUACUAUCCACAUUUGAGGUUCUCGCCACUGGAAACUGGACUGGACUGGAGCACGACAGCACCCAAGAUUCGGUACCAAACGGUGCCCUAAAACAAUCCAGGGUUUUUGUCUGUACUUGGAUCAUGUAUCAAUGCAUAAAGUUCAUGCAUAAGCGGAAUAAAGUACAUGAGGCUUUGCCCCGUGUUGCUUGGAGGCCGUUCUUCGUCUCGAGCAUAGUUCUGGUCGAUGGUUGCUUUUAUGUAUGCGGCCACAGAAGUCUUAUGGAAUGCGACCCUGUGUUAUGCAUCCUCUAAUUCUCCUCCUGCAAUGUUCCAGGGAACUUACCUUGUAUUUAGUCUGUAGUGGCCGAGAGGGAUAUGUCCAAAAUGAUUUUCUGGUCGAUGCAUGCUGCCGCUGAGAAUGGCUUUCUGGCUUUCAUAGAAACUUCA